AUAAUACGUGAAAGUGAUACAAAUAUCAAAAUUAUUUAUAUUUCAUUAUACAUUUUGAAAUAAAUUAUCAUGUCUAUUUCAUAUGUUGAUGAUAUAUCUGAUGGUCAAGGAAUAUUUAUCUUUGUUAAAAUACUUAGAAGAUGGAAAGGAAGUUUGUAUAAAUUGGUAUGGGUCGACUUAUUAAUCUAUAUCUCAGCUUAUUAUGUUUUAAAUUUAUCUUAUCGGUUUGCAAUGAAUGAUAAGCAAAAAAUAAUAUUUGAAGAAAUUGUUGAAUUCUGUGUUCGAACUAAAGGUGAUAUACCUAUAUCAUUUUUAUUGGGAUUUUUUGUAUCUGGUAUAAUAUCACGUUGGUAUCAAAUGUAUUUAUAUAUACCAUGGAUGAAUCAAAUUGCACUUCAAAUUGCUUCAUGUAUCAAUGCAAAAAAUGAAGAAGGUGCACGUAAAAUUCGUUUAACUAUUAUGCGUUAUAUGAAUUUAGCUUGGGUAUUAAUGAUGAAACGUAUCUCAGAUCAAAUUGCAUGUCGUUUUAUUAAAAAUGAUGAUAUUGGUAGUUUACCAAGUGCAUUAGGUCCUGUAUUACCUAAACGUAAAUCAACAAAUCAUAAACAUUUAAUAAGUAGAAAUACAUGUCAACCAUGGUCAAUUGAUGCAAGUGAAGUGGUACGUACAUCACCAUCAAAAUCAAUAUUACAACAACAAUUAUCCCAAUCACAAUAUCCAAUACAAACUAAAUUAGAUAGUCCAUUAAAUAAUAUAUUUGUUCAACCACAAACACCUAAUUCAUCAGAUGUUCAUACACCAUUAGCACCAUUAGCUACAGAUGAAGAAUGUGGUGUAUUACCGGAUGCAUUUGAAGCAGCUGAUGUUGUAGAAUUAAGAGAAAUGUUAAGAGCAUUUAAUCAAGAUCAAAAAGUGAAAAGUUCAUUUGGUGUAUUAAUUACUGAAAAAGAAAUUUCAUCAUUUGAACGUAUAGCAGCUGAUUGGUUUCGACGUACAAAAACUAAUUAUACACCAGAAUAUUGGGUACCUAUACAAUGGGCACAAAGAUUAACAUUAAAAGCAUUACAAAGUGGUUAUAUUGAUGAUCCUAAAGUAGCAUUUUAUACUGUUGAAAAUAUUGGUAGAGUUAGACAAAGUAUGCAGAAUUUACAAGUUUACAGUAGUAUUAUGAUUCCAUUAGUGUAUACUCAAGUUGUAAUUAUAGCAGUUUAUAGUUAUUUUAUGUGUCAAAUAUUUGCUUGUCAAUUUGUUGAACAUCGUAAUCAAAAUGGUCAAAAUAAUGUGGAUUUAUAUGUCCCGAUUUUUAGUAUAUUCUCUUUCCUAUUCCUUAUGGGUUGGUUAAAGGUGGCUUUAUGUGUUAUGAAUCCAUUCGGUGAUGAUGAUGAAGAUUUUCAAACAUCAAAAAUUUUAGAUUAUAAUUUAGAUGUUAGUUAUCGAUCUGUAUUUAUGCAUCCUGAUGCUUUUCCAGAAAAUCUUUCCGCUCCAUUAGGAAAGAAACGAUCCGAUGAUAAUGAAUCAGAUGAUUUACAAAAAUUUUUAGAUCAAGUUGAUCAAGAAAUUGAAGAAGUUAGAAAUAAAGGAUUAUUAAAUGAUGUAUCUAACUUAGAAAUGCAUCCAUCAUUUUGUGAACGUGCAAGAAAUUUAUGUUGCUGUGAGAAAAAGAAAACACCACCACCUGGUAAGUGUUAAAUAUUUUUUUGUUGUUUUUCUUCUAUUUUUCUAAAAGAUUCUUUUCAUACUACUUAUAAUUCAUUUUACAAUUUAAGUACUUACUUACUUACUUAUUUACGCCUGUUAUUCCUAAUGGAGCAUAGGCCGCAGACCAGCAUUCUUUAAUCCACUCUGUCCUGGGCCUUCUUUUCUAGUUCCAUCCAAUUCUAUAUACUUAAAAAUAUAAAUUUAAUAAAAAUUUAAAUUAGCGCUUAUUCAAACUGUACGAUUAUAAUCCCAUAAUCUGUCUAUUACACAAGAUGAAAUAUUGAAUUCAACAGUAUCAACGGGAUAAUUCAAACAACUAAUUCAAAUAAUGAAUCUGGACUUAGUAACUAAGUGGAUUUUGCGAUGAUGUCUAAAGUAGACGGUAAUAGAUUCGAGUCUCAGAAUGAACAUCAAUUCUGAGAUGUAAGUACAUCCGUUUGACGAAUUCCAAAACAGAAUGGAACGCUCAUACUGUAUUCUACUUCUAUCCACCAUCAUAUCUGCUUAUUAAGAAAUAUAAACAUUCACGUAAAAUGAACCAGUGUGUUAUAAAUUGGAAUUGUUGAAUUUUAUGUUGAUUAUGUCUUAAUGACCGAGAAAAUGUGUUAUUAGUCAAGUUAAAAUUAUCAUACAAGAAGGGCAGCAUCAUUGAUGGACAUGGUGAAUCUGAUUCAGAUAUCAAGACAAUUCCACUAUAUAGAGCGGAAACCUGAAGAACUACUAAAGUCAUCAUUCAGAAGAUACAAGUGUUUAUUAAUAGUUGUCUACGCAAAAUACUUCGGAUUCGUUGGCCUAACAUUAUCAGCAACAACCAACUAUGGGAGAGAACAAACCAGAUUCCACUGGAGGAAGAAAUCAGGAAGAAGCUCUGGAAGUGGAUAGGACACACAUUGAGCACCCAACUGCGUCGCAAGGCAAUCCCUUACAUUAAAUCCUCAAAGCCAAAGAAAAGAGGAAGAUCAAAGAACACAUUACGUCGAGGAAUGGAGACAGACAUGAGAAAAAUGAACAAAAGGCGUAAGUAAGUAAGUAUAAACCGAUGAGUUCCGGUUGAUCGGUUAGACAGUCUGUGUAAAUGUUCAGUACAAAACCCAAAUGUGAUAUUGAUUUUAAUUAGAAAACUACUUAAGACUGUAAAGCACUGGACAACUAUUUUUUUAUCAUACGACCCCUUAGUAUGAUACGUCUACAUUAUCACUAGGAUUCGAAGCCAAGACAAUCAGACUUCACUCUGAUAGUCUAAACUUUAAACUACUGAGUUGUUAACUAUUAGUUUACAUUUUUAACUCUGGUAAAUUUGUGGUAGUCCUUGAUCAUUAUUAAUUGCCAUUUAUCUAAUAUAUAACAAGGCUAAGCCCCAUUGAUGACAGUUCUCCACUAGAGCUCUUUGAAUUACCUUUCAAAGUUGGUCGUUAUUGAGCACCUUUGCGUAUAUAUUUGUUACUAAAUAUAAUAAUGAGACAGUAACUCACUGAAGACAAUGGUGGAUGUGUCGGUAAAUUUCGUGGAUUGGUUGAAGUUAGACAUUAAGAUCGUUGGAUGCCAGUCUAGAGGUUAAGUGUUCGCGCGCGAAACCGAUAGGUCCUGCGUUCGAAUCUCGCCGGAUAGGAUCGUGGAUGCGCACCGCUAAGAAGUUCUGUACUCGGAAGAAACGGUCGUCCAGUGUUUCCAGGCUUUCCAUGGUGGUCUAGCUUCAACUAACUCAUAAUUUCAACUAUUCAAACAAAAAAAUGUCAAAUAAAUCUAACAAUGAAAUAUGAUUUCAUUUGAAUUUUGUUACUAAAUAUCAAUAUCUGUAAAUCAAUAAUGAACAUAACAGACAUCUAGCUACCAAGUUAUAAUUUUAAAUAUCAAUUUGGCAAGCCAAAUUUAAAACAUUCAGUUUAGGGAAAUCUGCAGACUUAAAGGCGAGGAUUGGCAAAGCAAGAUCCGUAUUCCUACAAUUGAAGAACAUAUGAAACUCAAAAUAAUUGUGAACCAAUAUUAAAGUCACAAUCUUCAAUACAAACGUCAAGACAGUUCUACUGUACAGGUCUGAAACUAAGAGAACUACUACAACUAUCAUCAAAAUGGUACGAAUAUUCAUAAAAAGCUAUCUACACAAGAUACUCAAUAUCCAUUGGCCGGAUACCAUCGGAAACACUUUACUGUGAGAGAGGGAAAAUCAACUUUCAGCUGAACAGAAAAUUAGGAAAAGACGAUGGAAGUGGAUAGGAUAUACAUUGAGGAAAUCACCAAACUGCAUCACGAGUCAAGCGCUAAAUUGGAAUCCUGAAGGUAAGCAGAAAAGAGAAAGUACAAAGAACACAUUAUGUCGGGCAACAGAAACAGAUAUGAAAAGGAUGAAUAACAACUGGAAGGAGCUGGAAAGGAUUGACCAGGACAUUGUUGGAUGGAGAAUACUGGUGUGUGGCUUAUGCUCCUCCAUGAGGUGUAACAGGCUCACGUGUGUAGUUUAGUAAUAGGGAGAUUUGUAAACGCUGAAGGAAUUUCCGACUUCAAUUCACUCACUGAUUUUAUC